AUGGCAUCCGAAGAGGGUCUCUUCUCAUCGAAGCUCAUCUCUUCCGAGGUGUCUGAAAAGCUGCCUGAAGGCUACCAGCUGCGGGCCCUGCGACCGAGCGACUUUGACACCGGCUUCCUGGAAUGUCUGCGAGUGCUGACGACGGUCGGCGACAUCACCAGGGAGGCGUUUGAGGAGCAGUUCAAGCAGAUGAAUCAGCAGGGGGGCUACUACAUCGUUGUCAUUGAGGACACCAACAGAACUGAGAAGGAGAAAUCGGUCGUUGCUACGGGUGCUCUGAUAGUUGAGCGCAAGUUCAUCCACAGCCUCGGUGCGGUCGGCCACAUUGAAGACAUCGCCGUCGCCAAAGACCAGCAGGGCAAGAAACUCGGCCUCCGACUCAUUCAAGCCCUCGACUACGUCGCCGAAAAGGUCGGCUGCUACAAGUGCAUUCUCGACUGCAGCGAUGCCAACGAGGGUUUCUACGUCAAGUGCGGCUUCAGACGGGCCGGCUUGCAGAUGGCACACUACUACCAGGGAAAUAAGAGUAAAUCUCAAUAA